AUGACCGGUUCUGGUUCUCCCUGUGGAGCCUGCAAGUUCUUGAGAAGAAAAUGUGUUAGAGGUUGUGUUUUUGCACCUUAUUUCUGCCACGAACAAGGUGCUACUCAUUUUGCUGCUAUACAUAAAGUUUUUGGUGCAAGUAAUGUUUCCAAGCUUCUUGCUCAUCUUCCAGUAAGCGAUCGAUGCGAAGCUGCUGUUACUAUCUCUUAUGAAGCGCAAGCUAGGCUUCAAGAUCCCAUUUAUGGCUGUGUCUCGCAUAUUUUUGCUCUCCAGCAGCAGGUUGUGAAUCUGCAGGCACAGCUAGCUUCUCUCAAAGAACAGGCAGCUCAAAGCAUUUUGAAUGCCUCUGCUGCUGCAAACCCUAGUGAUGAUCAUCAGAAAAUAUACUAUGGCAGCUACGAAAAGCUUCCUUUCGAUGACCAUCACGAAGAACUCGAUCAUUUCCAGAAUUUGUUUCUUCAAGGGAAUUCAAGCAUGACUACACCUCAAUUAAUUAACCAAAAUAUUUCGAGUAAUUCCACAGUUAGCCAAUAUUACGACAGCCUUAGUGGGUCUACAUUUUUCAACCCGAAUUCGAACAUGGGUAACUACAGGAGUAGUUCAGUCAUCACCGGUGAAGAUGUCUCGUUUUCGAGCUUCGGAGAGUCUUGUUUCGACAUGCAACAAGCAAAUAGUAGCAGGCAAUGGAGCUUCCAAGACACGGAUGAUCUUCAAUCCGUGGCCUUUGGCUACGGUACUACUACUAAAAAUUCAUCAGCCUAG